ACUGAAGAAUGUCAGAAAAAAUAUAAGUAACCUCAAUUUUUUGGAUAUUUUUUCUUAAAUUCUUGAAAUAGUUUCCACCACUUUAAUUAGCAAUCAGGACCUGAUUUUGUAUCUAAUUUAGCUACAACUGGUGAAACUAGGUAGACUGAAACUAGGUAUUUGCGUAGGCGAUUAGGAUCCUGUGAUUAGUGUUUGCAUUUUUGUAGCGCUUGGCGCCGCAAUUGUGACGUAAAUAUAAUAUUAUUUUCAAUUUAAACUUUGACGCAAUAAAAAUAGAAGUCUGAUUAUUGCAAAGCUACCAUGUUUUUAAGAAGGCCAUUAUUUGUAAGUUACCUAAGUCAAAGAUUUCAACAGACCCAAGUCAAAGUAGUGUCCAAAGUUAAAGAACCCCAGGUCCCUUUGGGUCAGUUAGCUUUAGGACCAGUUUUUAGAAAUGCUAGAUUAUUUCCUGGUAAUGUAGCUGUACGAGAUAGAGUUGCAGCUUAUACCUACGCUAACAUUUUUAUGAGUGCAAAUGAGUUAUCUAAAGAAAUCAGUGCAAAAUUAGAAGGAAGGAUCAAUGAAAGAGUUUUAUUUCUGUGUCCUAAUGAUGUACAAUAUGUAAUUACUUUAUGGGCAAUAUGGAUGUCUGGACAAAUAGCGGUACCUGUUAGUCCUCUACAUCCGAAAAGUCUUCUUAUGUAUUAUGCCAAUGAUUCUAAUUCAAAAUUGAUUAUUACUGUACCAGAAUAUGCAGAUCUGAUGUCUAGAGUUGCUAAUAAUGCUAGUACAAAAUUACAAGUGCUUGAUGAUAGACUUAAAUUGAAUUGUACUCUUAUGCUGGCUAACAAACCUGACGAUUUAGAAGGUGGUCGUCCAGAUACUUUUUAUAAUAAAUCAAAUGCUUUGAUAUUGUAUACUAGUGGCACUACAGCCAAUCCAAAAGGUGUAGUCUUGUCCUAUAAAAACCUCUCAGCUCAAGCAGCAUCUCUGUUAGAUGCAUGGAGGUGGAAUACGGAUGAUGUCUUGCUGCAUACGUUACCACUUCAUCAUAUUCAUGGCAUAGUCAAUUCUUUGUUAUGCCCACUGUACGCUGGAGCUAAGACAGUUAUGUUGAAAAAAUUCAAUGCAAAUACUGUUUGGUCAUAUUUAUUAGGAGUUACUGCUAGACCAGAAGACAGAAGAAUAACUCUGUUUAUGGGAGUUCCCACUAUGUAUUCAAAAUUAGUGGAGGAAUAUGAACGAGUGUUUAAAGAAGAUCCUAAAAUGGUGGAGUAUAUAAAGAAUACACUAAAAUCAAAAAUACGAUUGAUGGUUAGUGGAUCAGCACCCCUCUCACAACCACUAUUCAAUCGCUGGUUAGAUAUUACUGGGCAUAGAUUAUUAGAGAGGUAUGGAAUGACAGAAACUGGUAUGAUUUUAUCAAAUCCCUAUGACGGUGACAGAGAACCAGGUUAUGUUGGUGUACCUUUACCGGGAGUGUCAGUUAAAAUUGCCAAAGAACCUGUUGAAAAUGAAUCCAUAAAGACUCUGGUUGAGUGCAGCAACAUAGAUGGUACCGUGGUCAUUCAGAAAAAUGGUCAAAAAGAUGCUCAAGGCAACGAUCCCACGGGCGAGCUGUUAGUUCGUGGGGACGCCAUUUUUACAAAAUACCACGACCGCCCAGACACCACGAAACAGGAAUUCACGCUCUCCGGGUGGUUCAAAACCGGAGACGUUUGUCAGUACUCUGUAGAAAAGAAGAAGUUUAAAAUUCUCGGCCGCAAAUCAAUAGACGUGGUUAAAAGCGGCGGCCACAAAAUUAGUACCUUAGAAAUCGAAUCGGCGCUCUUAGGCUGUCCUGAAGUUAAAGACUGCGCUGUCGUAGGACUCCCUGAUGAAAAAUGGGGCCAAAAAGUAGCCGCGGUAGUCGCUACAACUCACAAAAUCGAAAAUAGUACUGAAAUUAUUGAAAAACUAAGAAUAUACGCUGAGGAAAGGUUGCCCAGGUACGCGGUGCCGAAGGAAUGGAAAUUUGUAGAAAAAAUAACGAAGAACGCUAUGGGAAAAGUCGAUAAAAAAUUCCUGAUUAGGUCUCUUUUUGGAGAACCGUGAUUCUGAAAUUUUCUGAUCUGUGAGGUUGUUAAUUGGUUGCAAGUGGGGCUUUAAUACUUUUUGGAUUGUCGCCCCCAAAAGAUAGGAUACUAUUGACUUCGUUCACCCCUUUUCUUCUUCAUCUUCGUCGUUUUUGUCCAUAUUUUAUUUGUGUUCUUUAAAUUUAACAAAGCUUCCUCUUCACAAGAUGUAGUAACAUUUUUUACUAGCUCAAAUUGAAUUUAAAAGAUUUGUACUGCCAUUUCAUAUAGAGAAGAGCAAAACUGAAAUUCUCUGAAUAACCAUGAAAAGCGAUGGCAGGUUGCAAUUGCGAUUUUAGAUCUCUGCGAUUGAAUCAAAGUUUGCGAUUUCUUGCUCAUAUAUAAUUUUAUAGCUCCUCUAUGUCAGAGAGAGUUGGACUGAUAAAUGCAUACUCAAUACAUUUAUUUGUUCAUAAAUGUGAACUAAUUAUUUGUUCCAAAUUUCCGGUAGGAGAUAU